CGUAUUGUCAGCCAUUCACAGUACAUUUUAGAUAGAAUGCCCAGCAUCACUGUUCCUUUUGUUCUGACACACAAGUAUGGAUUGGAUCGGACUCUGGCAAAUGAGAUAUAUGACCUAGUUUCCAGUGGGAUGGACAUCUGUGAAUGUGUCAGGCUCCUCAAAAGAUGCAGGAAUGCAUAUCUUCACAGGUGCUCGAUCAUGCUCGAUCUACAUCCUAAUAGGCAGUAUGUAACGGAACAAUACUUGGACAGAGUCAAGUCAAUGCUCACGCAGGUUCCUGGUGAAAAAAUGCUUCGCAGGUUCUUUGAAUGUAUCUUUACCGAAAAGAAAGAAUUCUUCAAGCAGUCUAUCAAAGGAACUACCACAUCCGAUUGGAUUAGCAUCGAUCAUACAUUCAAAAGCGUUAAGCAUAUACGUGUCAGUUGUAAAGGGAAAUAUCUCAAGCAAAUACGAGCACUAUGCACAAUUACAAAUGACAUUGGCCAAGUUCUAACAUGGCAGCUGUGUAAAUCCACCUCGUUUGCAGAGAUUGAGUCAUCUUUGCAGGGACUUAAAGAAAGGUUUAGAAAACAAGAUGUUGAACUCAAAGAAGUAUACUUGGAUCAGUGCUGUGAGUGGAGGAAACUGAUUGUGGAUGUGUUUGGUGAAGACAUUCGAGUGAAGCUAGACUUGUUUCAUGCAGUUCAAAGAGUAACGAAGUUCAUACCUAAGCGACACCGAAUGUCAAAACAUAUUCAAAGUGAUCUAUCUAUGGUGUUUAGGCGAAAGGGGGAUAUCGGUUAUAAAAGGACAAAGGAAACACCUUCCCCAUUGCAGAUAGAGAGUAACAUGAAGAGGUUCGAUAAAAAGUGGAAAAAGGACAGAACAAUGCACAACGGGAAGCUUGUAUACCCCAAGACUGCUCAAAACGAAGUGAGGAAAUUGUUAAAGCACAUUAAGAAGGGAUGUGUGUCUGGCAUACAGCCAGGAAAAGGGACAAUCAGGAAUGAAGCCCUCCAUCGCAAGUUAAACCAAAGGAUGAAUAAGAACAAAAUAAGUCCCACAUUUGCUGUUGCCCUGAUGUUUACCAUCAUACACUCAAUAAACAGCCAUCUUGCAACAUUAUACAAGAGGAAGCUGUGCAAUGUGGAAUCUUCAGAAGAAUUUGGCCUACCUUCCAACACCCAGACUACAGGUGUUAUAUCUGACAAUGAUGAUACAGAUGAAGAGACAAAUGGUGCCAGCGAAAGCCAAAAUGAGCUUGUCAACUGCAAACUGAGGGUUUUCAAUCUUUUAAAGAAAAAAGCUAUCUCAAUGGAUGCUAAUUUAGCAUGUGACAGUGGAUUGGACCUUCUUUGCAAAAUGUUAAAUGAUGAUGAGGAUAAUGAUGAAAGCAGCCUUGAUGACAAUUUGGCUGCCUUUGAUUUGGUGCGCGUACCCUCCAAAGCAGAUGGAAGCUGCCUGUUUAUGUCUGUUAGUUUCCAGCUCAUGCAGCUUUUAGGAGACAAAGAGAUUGGUACAAAGGUCUGCUGCCACUUGUCCUCACUUUUUCCUGAUAUGUUUAACCCUGCACAGCCUUCAAGUGCCAUUAAUCAGGAAAACUUGGCCAUACGUUUAAGAGCUGCUAUGGUUGAUGAAUGGGUUAGUAAUGAAGAUAUGUACAAGGCAUAUGUGCCAAAUGUCAACUUUCAGUAUGAGGCCCCAAGAUUCCUAUUGCGAGACCAAUUUGAUGGUGACAUGGGAGACUUGAUGGUGCAAACAUUAUCAAAUGUGCUAAACUUGGCUAUUAUGCUGGUCACUUCCAACAGAGACAUGCCAAUUAUUCCAUUAUUCCCUUUAAAUGUGCUUGAUGACAGAGCAUGCAUCUAUCUUGCAUUUGACAAGGACAUGAUGCAUUUUGAUUCUACUUCUACUAUUACCAAUUCAACUUCACCCUUACAACCUUCCUUACCUGCCACAACUCCCACUUCACUGAUGUCAUCUACCUGCAGCUGUGGAGUCAACGACCCAAUUCCAACGGAACGCUGCAAUAACCAGAUCGGAAGACCUAACUACAAAAGCAGGUGUCCAUGUGCCCGGCAACACCAACCAUGUGGAUCCUUGUGCAGGUGCAAAGGGUGCACAAAUACCUAUGGAAAAAGAGUAGCUGAAAGGCAGAAUACAGCAAAGCUGAAAAGAGCUAAACGGAGGAGAUCCAAAGAAUGGAUGGACAGUAAACCAAUUUCCGGAAGGCAGUACAUGCAGCAGAAAGGACACAUUCUGAACUUCUUCUCCAAAAAGGAUGACAUCCAUCUCAAACUAUGUAAAUGUCCAGAAAGUUGUAACUUUCUGAGGAAAAAGUUUACACAAGAACACAUCAGACGGAGGCAGCAAACCCUAGCUAGAAGAGCUGAAAAUGCCAAGCAUGCUGUAAAACUGUCUGAGAAGGGUCAACGUAAGAGACAAAGAAGAGAACAACAAACAAGAAGUCUUCAGAUGCAGAAGGACAAGACUAAGUGGGAAGCUGGAAUCUACAAUGCAGAACGACUGCUGGAGCAGCGUUUAAACAACGGAAGAACUGAGUAUUUGGUGAAGUGGAGGGAUAGCGGCAUUCGCACAUGGGAGCCAGUUGAGAACAUCUUUGAUGCAAGACUAAUCAGAACUUUUGAGCAGUCCCUGGGCCAGGUUACAAGUGCAAGUAAGAAGACUGGAAAAAAAGGCAAGAACCAGAGCAAGAAGUUUAAAAAAUGAUGAAUGAGUUUGGUGUGGUG